AUGGCUCACUCACUUACGGCGCACACCUCGUUUACCCGGCCGCGGACUAGCGACCGCCCCGUCACGCGCGAGGCCGACAGUAACCUCAUUAUCCCGAGCCGAACCUCUUCGCUUCAUUCCAGAAUCACCCAGCCUAUGCCCUCCACGCUCAGCGCCAAGCCUCAACAGCGAACGCCCAAGACCCUCACACAUGCCUACAUGGUCUGUGGCGUGGGCCGUGAGCCCUCGCAGUGGGUGAAGGCGCCUCCGCCGUCUCAAGGCAAGAUUGGCCACAUGAAGGGCGCAGUCGGCCAAUUCUGGCUCCCAGAGAUUCUGGGAAGUAGUCCUAGGUUGGAGCAGGAUAACGAAAUCGCUCGCUCUCUGCAUGCUGCUAUGAGGGCAUGCUUCCCUCACGAUGUCGAGAUCUGCACCGGUCGGAGCCAGCCUCACUGCGUCCACCACGCUUUCGUUCUUCAGCAAGACUCGUCGCACACUCUAUACGGUAUCUGUCUGCGAGUGUGGUCCCGCGCCGACGAGAAGAGGGCCGAGACGAUCCGUGACCUGAGGAAGAGAACCGAGCCCGAUUUCUACGAUAACACGGAUGAGACCUACUGGAUCCCCUACUGCCUGUCCUUCCUUUCCAGGUAUCCUCUCUACAACUUGCUUGGCGAUUACCUCCGUGGCAUGUGGAUUCACUGGAACAAGGCCACCAACCUGUUCCACGCCGAGGAGGUCUCCAGGAUCCUGAGCUUCCCAGCCCCGCGCCUGAAUGACCUUGUUCGCAUCGAUAUGAAGGACUAUGCUCUUUGCUACCAGUUUCCUUCCUCGCCUACUGGCUUCCAGAACUUCGACAUGUGGCCCAUAUUUGCUUGCUUGUCCAUUCCGAACAUCGUCGGCGUUAUUGAGGCAGCUAUCUCGCCAACCCGCCGAAUCAUCUUCGUCAGCCACUACCCUGCUAUGCUCACCAUGGCCGCCGAGACCGUCCGUUACUGCGCCCGUGUUUAUGAGUGGAGUGGUCUGUACGUUCCUGUAGUGCACGCUCGUCACGCCCAGGAGCUUGUUCAGGAGCCUGGUCCUUACAUUCUUGGUAUCACCGCAGAGUGCCGGUCGCUCUUCACGGCGCCUGGUGAUGCGCUGGUGGUUGACCUGGAUCGCAACUUUGUCCUGACAUCUGACCCGCCCACUGCCUUGACACCAGGUCAGCGGAAUAAGUUUGUCACACGCCUGACGCAGGCCCUGAACGGAGACGUUGCGCCAUCAGGUGUCCCACAGCACCUACGCUCUGCAUAUGGUGGUGGCAAGCUGGUCCCGGCUGGCCAGAUCAUCGUCAUGCGUGGCGAGGUCGAGUCCAUCCAGGACCCCGAGUGGUGGAAUCAGGAUGCUGUCAUGGCCGUCAUGGAUCACGUCUGCGAAAAGAUGGGCCGCAACAGCGGCCUGAAGGCUGUGUUUGGAGGGGCCGUGAAGAAGCCACUCAUGACCAAGGUCUCGAUGAGGCACCUCAACGAGAUUGUUCGUGAGAGGAACCAGUACUCUCGUGAUGCUCUCGAGGCUUGGCAGGAUUUCAUCAACCUCAAGGGCAGGAUGGAUACGGAGCUUGCUAAGGUGACGAAGCGUAAUAACUACCUGAACGAGGAGCUGGAGAGCUGGAAGCAGCAGUUCCUCAAGUUCCAAGCCUUCGCCGAGACGCUGACCAAGGAGACACAAGACCUCAAGGUCAAGAUUGAGGGUCAUAAGCGCGAGAACCGCCGCCUUGCAACCCUCAUUGACCAGCAAAAGGAUGAUGCCGCCCGCAUGUCUGUGCGCCUGACGGGCACGGAGAAGCAGCGUGAUGAUGCCCUCGAGGCGCUCGUCCUUCAACAGGAGAUUGCCGAGGAGCUCGAGCGUGACCGCAAGAGAAACAAGAAGGAGCUUGCUGCUCUUCAGCACACCAACAUGACCAUCCUGCGCCAGCGCGAUGAGGCGCACCGCGUCGUUCUACACCUGCGCAGCUUGAUUGGUGGACAGAGCCACCACAUGGAACACCUUGUCCAGUCCAUCUCGAACCCUGCUGGUAUCGAGGAGGAGAUCGCCAACGGCUUCAUUGCGGCUGCUGACGAGGACGGCACUAUGUCGGAAGCCGACAAGAAGCUUCUCCUGAAGGCCGCUCGCAACAGCCAGCGGUUCUCGCAGUCUAGCUUCUCCGAUGUGGCUGACCGCCACCUCAAGGACAAGACCGAUGCCAUUGCCCACAUCAUCCGUAACAUUGCGGAGCAGUGCCAGGCUGCUGUUGAGGGGCUGCAGCUGGCUAACGAUUCUGACGGCAGCCUGUUGAUGAACCGCCGCAGGAGCAGCAACUUGGCCAGCAGCGAGGACGGUCGUUCCAUGACAACUUCCGAGGCUACCGAGGAGGCUGCUCAUCACUCUGGACGCACCUCGAGCAUUCCUCCCACUCCGGACCUGAUCCACAACCGGAGCUCCACGAGCAUGUCCAUCACGUCGAGCGGGACCACCCCCGAGCGCGCCUCGCAGCAGUACAGCAUCAGCCACGACAUACCGACCAAGAUCGUCGAGGACGAUGAGGACGAGUAUUUGGAGCGCAGUGACAGCGACGCCCCUCAGCCAGAGCACAUUGUUGGCAAGCACGCCAACACUCUUGUCCAGCGCCCCGCUGGUGCUCGAAUAAGUGCAUUAGGAGGUUCGCAUUGA